AUGGCGCAGAAACCUGGUGGCCAGGACAUACUCGCCCUGGACCUUCCCAGAUUUCAAACUGAAGCAGUCCUUCCAGUCUUCCGCACAACCCCAAAGCCAGUCCUUUAUCGAGAGUCUGGAUUCUCUCCACCAGAAAUCGAACUAGAUCGAAUAGCCCUCCUUGCAACUGUCCGCCUACGGCGUCUUGACCCUUAUCACCUACUUCGAAGACGCGCAGAACAGAUCGCUAGUAAUAGCCAACAAAUCAGCCAAUUUGCCCGCCGUACACUGGCCCUCCCAAACUCUGAACAGAUAAACCCUCUCCAAUACGCUCCCUGGCACCCUUGCGAGCCUCUUUCUCCGCUCCUCACUCUUAUAUGGACAUGGGAAAGAGGUCUUCAACACAGAAGCAGAAGCAGCUCUAGCUGGCGCUCAAGCAGCAAUAGCAUCUGCCUUGACAACCUAGAAGUUGCUAUACACCUUCUAUCUCCCUCUACAGGAUCUUUCCAAGAAAUCUUUGAAUCCUUCCGCACCCUUGUAGCUGUCUGGCCACUUCGCAAAAGGCUUCCUCACACCAAAAGUGGAUCUAUCCAAAUCCGAUGGGUCCCUGGACACGCUAAAAUCCCUGAGAACGAAGCGGCUGAUCUCACUACCAAAGAGGGAGCUGCCUCAAUCCCUCCUGCUCCUCACAAAUCCUCAUACGCCUCGCUAAAGAGAUACGCCAAGACUCAAUCCCUAUCCGCUGCUCAGUCACAAUGGGAGAAGGUGGCACCACAGAGCUAUCAAGAUCUAGAAAUAACCACUUCCCCUAAGCGCCCUGGGGAGCUUCAACUCAACCGACUUGACCUCGGCCAUGUUAUUGCGGCCCGUACUGGUCAUGGAGACUUUGCAGACUACCAUAAACACUUCAACCAUAAUGAUGCUUAUCUUCUCUGCCAAUGCGGAGCACGAAAAGCACCUCUGCACUUCUUCUUCUGUCAUAUAGCUAAGAGACGAGCCCCUUGGCCUCCUGGGCCUCCUUCUGAGGUCAUCUCUUUUCUCUUAGGCACUGCUAAAGGAGCACAAAAGCUAGCCACAUGGCUAGCAGAGACCUACUUCUUUGAGGAUAUCUGCCCUCGCCAACCUCUCCUUAGCAUCUAGCUAAGACAGCCCUACUCUUCCUUUAUAUUUCUCUUCUCCUUCUUUCU